AUGGCGUCUCCUUCCUCUGACCCCGUUGAUAUCCGGCGGAGAAGUCCUGCCCCAAUUGCUGCUGCUGGAUCUCCUCUCCCUGGUUCGCAUUCGAGACAUGUUUCUAUUAAUCGACUGUCUUCGCCUGUCCCGUCGUCUCGCGGCAACCUCAACACCCCCCCCGUUGCACAAGUACCUACUCCCCAGCAGUUAGCUGUUGAUAGUCACAACACCUCGGCACUCCCUAAGAUUGAACAUGGUACCUCUCUUCCUGGUCCUGGACAGUCUGCCUUGUCCACCGCCCUAGCUGGCAGCUCGAGCCGCACUCCACCAAGUGCUCGUACUCCCGACGGGCCUUCUACACCCAAGCAACCGUUUCUGAAUGCUUCCGUAGGCCUCGGGAGCCAUGACAGAUCAAACAAUUAUGGCUCAUUCGGCGCACGAGAUAUGGCUAGCAGCCCUGCUCCAACCGAAGACCCUGAUAUCAUCCGGCGACAUCUUGUCCAACCCGAUCACCCUCCCACUCGCCUCGGUCGAUCUCGAGGCUUAGACAGUGACGAAGCAGACCACGAUCCGGGCUCCGACGAAUUCUCCAGUCUUCGUUUACAAGGGGGAGACAUAACGCGAGCUGUAUAUCGUUGGGCCGAAGAGCAAGAUGCCAAUGGGCCCGGCAGAGCACAACGGAGUAAAAGUUUCCAUGUACAAAGACCGGACCCUGAGAGUGAAGUGUUGGACAUUAACAGCAUCCGUGUUCCUGGUGGAUUUCGCCGCAACUUUCUUCGAAGAGCCGGAGAGUCUCCUGCCCCGGUCGGACGCAGCGCAGAUGGACCUUCUCAGACAGGCGUUCACAGGAGCGAUGCCUCUAAUACGCGCCCGCCACCACUUUUCACCAAUAACUUCCUGGAAUUCCUAACCCUUUACGGGCAUUUCGCUGGUGAAGACUUGGAGGAGGACGAUGAGGUUCUUGAACCUGAUGAAUAUUUCUCUUCUGAUGCCUACGACGAUGAAGGUAGUGACCGAGAGCCCGGAGAGACAAGUACUCUUCUGACACCAGGCACUCCGGGCUUGCGAAAGAGGAAACAUAAGGAACGAGCUCCUACUGGCAACAACAGCCGCUUAAACGCCGCUCUCUUACUGCUGAAGUCCUUUGUGGGUACGGGUGUACUAUUUCUUCCCCGUGCCUUUCUCAACGGUGGUAUGCUUUUCUCCUCGCUGGUUCUGCUAGGCGUUGCAAUUUUGAGCUUUCAUUGCUUCAUAUUACUUGUCAAUACUCGUCUCAGAGUUGAAGCCUCAUUUGGAGAAAUCGGUGGCAUCCUCUACGGUAGAUGGCUCCGCGGCUUGAUUUUGUUCUCCAUUGUCAUCAGUCAAAUUGGCUUUGUUGCAGCCUAUACGGUGUUCACCUCGGAAAAUCUACAGGCUUUCGUCCUAGCCGUCUCCAAGUGCAAGACCUUCAUCGACAUCAAGUUCAUGGUCUUGAUGCAGCUGAUCGUCUUCCUGCCCUUAAGCUUGGUCCGCGAUAUCAGUAAACUUGGCUUCACCGCUCUCGUUGCUGAUGCAUUCAUCCUGCUUGGUUUGAUAUAUCUAUACUAUUACGAUACUCACACCAUCAUCGAGUAUGGUGGAAUAGCGGACAUUACACUAUUUAACCCCUCAACAUGGACCCUUUUCAUCGGCACAGCAAUUUUCACCUUCGAGGGUGUGGGCCUCAUUAUUCCAAUCCAAGAAACAAUGAAAGAGCCCAAAGCCUUCCCCGGCGUCUUAGCCAUGGUCAUGGUCAUCAUUACCGUGCUUUUCACCUCAAUCGGCGCCCUCUCCUAUGCGGCAUUUGGCUCGCAGACCAAGACGGUCAUCCUGCUCAACCUCGCGCAGGAUAACAAGAUGGUCAACGGCGUGCAAUUAAUCUACUCCCUCGCAAUCCUCCUCAGCACACCCUUGCAACUGUUUCCCGCCAUCCGCAUCAUGGAGAACGAGCUCUUCACACGCUCCGGCAAGUACAAUCCGUACAUCAAAUGGAAGAAGAACAUCUUCCGCUUCUUUCUGGUAGUUGUCUGUGCCCUCAUCGCGUGGGGCGGUGCCGGUGACCUCGACAAGUUCGUGGCGUUGGUGGGGAGUUUUGCGUGCAUUCCGCUGGUCUAUAUCUACCCGCCGAUGCUUCAUUUGAAAGCGGUGGCGAGGACACCGUGGCAGCGCGGCUUGGACUAUACUGUCUGUGCCUUUGGUGUUGUUGCGUGCGUCUACACGACGAUCCUGACCAUCCAGCAAUGGGUGCAAGGCGGUGCGACAAAGCCGCCGGGAUAUUGUGAUUCAUGA